ACAAUUACCUCCUGUCAGCCGUUGGUAGCUCUCCUCGCUAAAACUUUCUUAAAGCCUGUUUUUUAAGGUUUCUGUCGCUGUACUUUCUUCAACUUUUUAUGCCAACUAUGUCAUUAAAGGCUACAAAAUCCCUUUACCUCCCAAAUGACGGUCGACCGGCUCAGUUUGACGAAUCUCAAAAAAGUCCGCGGGGAAGUUCCCUAGGAAAUCCCCAAGACGGAGAUAUUGUCGACACCGAUGCACACAAGCUUCAACACAAUUGAUCGCGGGUACAUUUCAGCAGUCACAAGGGCUCGAAGCAGAGGCGUCAAAUGCUGGUUUUUUAAAAGACCGAAUCGUCUGUCAAAUCUACCAAGCCCUGCAAUGGAUAACAUCGGCGUAAACACGGAUAACGACAUGCUGAAGGACAAAACCCGGAGUUACAACACGUUAAAUUCUCUGUAUCAUGAGACGCGUCAGGAAAUGGAGCUUUUGAACAAACAGAUCUAUGUAAAGGAUAAUAUUAUUGCAGAUUUAAAAGCAAGACUGGGGAGGUAUGAGAGGAUCUACAUGAACGUGGGAGAUAGCGAGUCUUUGCUCAUAGGACCGUCCAAGUCCCUGCUGGAGAGCUUGUGCAAAGAAAUAUGCAAACUGAAACAGAAGAGGAAUGAUUUAGAGUUGAAGGCAUCUCAACAAGAGGAGGUAAAAUACAACAAUAUCAAUAAUAAAUGCUUCAUAUAUCAUUUUACAUGCUGAUGGGUGUUGUCAGAGAUUGGACCUUACACUUGGCUGGAGACUGUUUAGUCAGGGAGCAAAGAAAAGCCCCUUUAAGAAUCAAAAUAGCACACUUAAAAACACUUAAACCCUUUUGGAAAACUGUCUCUGUUUUAUCUUUAAUCUCACCUGCUCAACUGGUUCUAUACAAAUACAAGACUGUUGGAGUUAACAUGCAUCCUCAAGAAUGCAAAUAAACAUUUAACAUUUAAGAAACAACAACUCAGGACCAGUCUGAGUCAAGAUUUUUUACCAGCUUAGAGCAGAAUUUGGUUGUUUAGUAUGAAGAGUCUGCACAACAAAGAUCAGCAUUCACUUUAAGUUGUAAUAUUCCCAAUUUUAUGUUGUUGUAUAAGUAUCAUCAUACAUAUAUUUAUGCAACAUGCAACUAUUUCUGUGUCCACCAGGACAUCCAGCGCCUGACAGCUCAGCUGAGAGAAAAGGAUCUGGAGUUAGAAAAGGUCAGGUGUCAGCCGGACCACGAGAAGGACCAGGAGAUCCAGAGGCUGCGCACCGCCUUAGAGGAAAGGGAGCGGUCCGAGGCCACCAGAGCAGUACUGUGCUCGUCCCUGGCUGAGGAGGCGGACCAGCUGCGCAGCCAACUUGGCGCAACGGUCAAGGUGUGCCAGGAGCUGCUGGCCAGGCUGGAGAUAGACAAGAAGAGAGUGGGAGAAGUGGAGGAUGAGGUUCAGCUACAAAGGAAUAAGGAGGUGUGCAAGGCUUGGCUGUUUUUUUCCCCACCCUUACACUUGAGAUUUUGUAAGGUGGAAUGGUGCUGUUAUUCAGCCCUGUUGUAACUUAUUUUCUAUCAUUUUACAGACAAUGCAGUCUGUUGAGACGAGCAGUGUUAAUGCUCAAAUUCGCCAACUUAAGGAGGAAAAUCAAAAGCUAAGGCAGCGGGUUGUUUAUGUAAGUAUUUAACUUCAACAACUUGAAAUUGACACAAACACAUACACGCAAAAAAAGAUUCAAAACUUAAUGUCAUCAAUGUGCAUAUCUCAGGUACAAGGUCUGAAUUCUCAGUGGCAAAAAUACGACUCCAGCAGAGAAGACUACAUCAGAGGACUGUGUCAGCGGCUCAAGGAGACCUCUGGGCAGGGCUUGAUUCCUGGCAUGGGCUCUGUAAACACAGGGUUGCUUCAUCAUGAAAUUUCCAGGCUCAACGGCUUGUUGGAGGAGAAGAUGAACGAAUGUGAGCGGCUGGAGACGGAAGCUGAGGAGAUGAGGAGGCAAGAUCGAGAGCGCAUCCAGACUCUGGAGCAGCAGGUUGGUGUUGCAUGGGGAUCUUAGUAAAUCUCUCAUCUGUUUCUGAGAAAUUCAGCUCUAGUAACACCACAAGUAAUUGAAAACUGAUCAAUAUGAAGCAACGAGAGGACUAACUGUUGUUUUCCUACCACAGGUUCUUAUUUAUGCAGACGACUUCAAGUCAGAGCGUGCAGAUAGGGAGCGAGCUCAGGGCCAAAUGGAAGACCUGAAAGAGCAGGUUUAUCAGUUAAAACGGCAGCUACACAAACAGGUGAGGCAUCAGCAUUGAAACAAAGCCAGUGGUUAUACUGCACUUUCACGUGCUGUGUUGGCAUUCCCCUUACAGUGUUUGUGUGUGACUGUCCUUGCAGCAGGAAGCAGGAAGGGAGAGCAGAGAAGUGGUUCCCGUGUGUCGUGUGCACAUAGGACACAGGAUCUCCUCCAGGCGACACAAGGACCCUUCAGAGCCUCUGCUGAGGACCCCUGCUGAGAUGCAGAAACAGCCCGCAGCUGCAGCAUCAACAACAGUGAACCCCACCUGGAGCGAACGACCAGGCCUGUCGGAGUUACAGUGCCCACGCUGCCUCGCCACGUUCAACGAGACAGAUGCAGCAGAGUACCUGAACCAUUGCGAGGAGUGUGCCAAACUAUAAAAGGAACAAUACUCUUUUAGAAAAGACUGAUAUGUCUCGCUGACAGUAACCGAACACUGAAGAGCAGCACUAAACAUCAGAAAAUAACCUGAGUGGAGAUUCCUAAUCAGAGGGGCUUGACAACAAAUGAAACCGCUGGGUUUUAUGGUUUGAUGCAUUAUGUGCAAAAACCUGACGCUUGAGUUUCCCUGUUGCAAGAGAAAUCACAUUAUUGGGAUUUUCUAAGGGUGCAUCUUUAAAAAAGGAAAAUCCAGGCCUGAUUUUUAGUGUUCUCCUGUUCAACACAGGAUGUUAUUUAGGUGGGGAUGUGCAUGUUGAUGCACUAUAGGAAAUAUCAUAUACCUCAAUGUGUCAAAUUACAGCCUUUGCACUUUCUUGACAUUUAGCCAAAAAGUAAUCGUAGGAUCCUGCGAUUAAGAGAUUCAUGAUGCAUAAGCUUCUUUUUUUGAAUCUAGAUAUCUUGUUGACAACGUGGUGCUAUUGUUUGUUUUUAGUUGAACAUUAUGUAUUUCAGUCCUGUAAAUUAUAUAUUCUUUAACAAAUAUAAAUUGUAUAACUAUGAUAUUUAUUUUCUGUUAUUAAAUAAUAGGAAGAGGCAAAUCAUUUUAGUAAUAAGAAAGCCAUAUUUUCUUUUUUUUUUUUUGGGAGGGGGGGUAUCUUUAGGGAUCAAAAAGUUACAUCAUCACAACUGGAAAAAUGUAUGUAAAGAUCGAAUCCCAACUGACAAUUUUUGAGCUGGCAUGUUAUUUUUGUAAUAAAAAAGACAUAUCAACCCUUCAACUUUGGUGAUUUAUAUUACUUUAAAUAUGCUUCAUUAUUGCGUGCCGUAUUUAACUUUUCAAGUCUGGAGCCUUGAGCUGAAACCACAGAUCACAGCCUAACCACGAAAAUGUUGGCGCUACCUAAUCUAUGUGCUUGUCUUUUGAGUGUGUGUUUGUGUGUGUCCAUCUGUGUCACGUGUGUGUGCUUGUGCACAUUGGAAAACCCCUUCCCUGCAUUGCCUGAAUGGGCACGCUGUACUGUGACAGCCAUAUUCCCAGCUGUUGUGUGGCUAAAGCAAAAACACUACAGGGAUAUACUGAGAACACCAGCUCAAGACGCUAGCUCAGGUUACAUCCAACACCUCAGUAACUGCCUGUGGGUCAGUUUGAGGCCAAAUGAGUCUGUAGCCUGACACUGAAGGGUAUCAUUUUGACGCAGACAGGCCCAAAGUGUUAAGAGCUUUGGUGAAUCAGUUGUCAUGGGUUUGGUGAAGUAAGCACAGGAAGCUGGACAUCCCCUGCUUAAAAGGAAGUAGGCAGUUGCAGCGCAAAGAAAAAACAUAGCUGCUAAACAACCCUGUCCUUUGUGUGAGCAAAAACACCCUCCUCUUGUUGCUUUAAACAAAAAUGGAUAAUCUCUUAUCAGGAGCGAGGGCAUAUCAAGUAUAACACAAAAUAUUAAAGCACAGGAAAUAAAGCUUCAUUUUUUUUACAGUAAUAUGCUGCUUUUUGUUACCUUAGAUAUACCUAAUCUGGUAUGACCUCAAGCUUGUUAGCUGUUAUUAUAAGCUAACUAUGACUAAAAUGAUGAUUUAACACUUCCCUUAAAGUUUUCACUCCAUCCUAAGUAAUGUUCAGUAUUUUGGAAAAAAAGUGUAUUUAACAAUGUAGGUCACUUCCUAACUGUGUAAAAACACCACAACUCUUUGUAAACCAAAGAUAAGAGCUGUUUGUUCGGUCCUUAAAAGAAAUGGCCAAAUAUGUUUUUACACAUUUAUGUGUGUAAAUAGAGAGACAUGACUGAAUAUCAUGAACUCUAAAGGGGGAUCACAGGAGACCUCUGUCACUAUUAAACACAGCCUUUUUACCUGUUCAGCUUGACAGCUGUCAGUGUUGUCCAAUAUCUUUACUUCCUUUAAGGAGGACAAAUGUUUGAAAGAAAACCUAAAAUAAGUCGAUUCUUUAUCUGUAUUGGCGAUUAGAUAUGCUUUAUCUUAGAAAAAAUGAUUAAAAACCUGUUGAAGAGUCAACUUCUGAAAACACAAUGAAGUGUUGGCUUCUGAAAUGUAACAGAAGUCCCCAAGCAUUCAAAUGACAGCAGUGAGCAUCACAUGCUAACUUACUCAUCAGUUAACUUGGGACCAUGGUCUGGGCUGAGAAGUUUCCAAAACAUUAAUCUCAUUUACAUAACAUUCUGGCCCCGUUCCAAUUUAUGUGCCCACAGAUAGAUUGUCUCCAAUUUGGCUGUAAAGGGCAACUUUAGCCUCUUAGCUAUGAACCAACCACAUGCACUGGUAGAAAUACACACAGGUCCUAAAAAGGCCACAUGCUGUCUGCUCGGGAUUCUCCCCCCCACCAGAACACACCCACACUUUUUACAACAGGGUCUAUAAGAGACUUAACCACCACACACAUAACGCUCUACCCACCAAUCUGAGAGUGGAAAAAAUAGGUCACAAAUCCCCACCUGAGUGUAUGGAAACUUUUCUAAGAAAUUUUAUGAAUUAAAGAAAAGUCAGGUGACGGUGGUGGAUCAGUUCCUUUUAAAAAUAGGUUUCGAAUAAUCAGGACAUACUGUUGUGGCUGUCAGACUUACACGAAGAAGGAAAACUUCAGCCUGACAUUCAUCCAGACAAAUGCAGAAGGGAUAGAUAGAGCCUUUAAUCUUAUGUGUAUCCUAAAAGGAUGGGAAAUUCCCGCCAUCACAAGGGAAUUCCCAAAAAACAGACAAGUUUAUUUGAAAAUGGAGUGCUGUCAUUUUGCACAGAUCAUUUCCAAGUUCACACAAUAUGGUUCAGGUAAUUGCUGAUAAAGCUGGCUGUUUUCUUCAAGCUUUUUUUGUGAAGGAAGUUAAAGGUUUCGGCCAUCAAAAACAGUGUUUUGGCAGAUAGUAUCUGGGAUAUAAAGGGGGGGGAUUCCCUCCUUUAGGAGUGUAUGUGAUCCUGAAGCGCUCCAGGCAGUCGACAAUGAAAAGAUCAACAUUGUUAUUACAAGUUACAAGGCAGCUGUGAUCCCUUUUAAUAAUCCUAUUUGUGCUUGUCCCUGUUAUUGUAAGACUGCUUUUAGUGUACCAUUGUUUUCCUUUACCAGCCGAGUCAGCUUCAAUGGGAAAGAUCAAAACAAGGAAGGACUUAAAGUAGACAUAAUAGAAACAAAUCUCCGGUGACUUUAAAAGACAUGUAAGCCUACUGUUAACUGAAGGACAGAGUUGACUUAAUUUUUUUCUGUAUCUGUCAAUCCAACUCAAAUCUGUGCCACUUCGUAUGUAGAUCAUGGCCAACAUUUGUGGCUGAGACGUCUUGCUCUGUGCUUUUUUGCCUGUCGACGUUAGUGUACUUUUUUGGGGGCAUUUGCUCAAAUGCGAUAGAUCCGAUCUUACAUCACUGGUGACUGAAAGCAAGCAUACUCUGCAUAUACAGACACACACUCAUUCAUACCUGAAAUAAAUUAUGACUCAUAUCUUCUCGGAUGCUCGCACAAACCAAAACCUUUUGUCUUGUCUUGAAGCAGGUACGUUUACCACAAUUCUCUCAUUCAUCAAAUUUGUUUGAGGGGUUAUUUUUCAUGUGAAAUCACACUUUUUAGGUUUUUCUUUGGAUGUAGUCACUCUUGAAGACCUUAAAAGGAAGUAUGGUCACUGUUGGGGACAAAACUGUGCCUGGCUUCCUUGUUGUAUAAUCCAUUUGCUUGUAAACACAAGAUUUGAACAUUUCUAACUAAAGGAAACAGUAUUUUCACAUUUUUUAAACAAUCAAAACAGCUUUACUUUGUCCUACUUUUAUUAUGUCAAAUAAGAAAGAUAUAAAUAUUCUGAAUGUGGAGAUUAGUUUUAUUUUGAUGUAAGAGUUAAAUAAGUAAAAUUUGAUUUUAGCAGCUCAAACUGCAAACCAAAACAUACAGCCAUUUCUUAUUUUCUUUAAGUUUACCCAUGAAAGCUACAACUUUAGAUCUUUUUAAUUUAGCACAAAGAGAACACCAACAGCCUCUAAUAGCUCAACCAAAAUGUCAAUUAGCCUUCUUUUUUAAUUCAUACCAACAUGUAAACAAACAUAACUUUUACAUGACUGAUGUACAGUUCGUCCUGCUCGGUGAAAGGUAUGUCUUAACUCAUCUACAUCUAGAUAAACCAAAGCAUGACCUCAUUUCAAGCUCACUUCACCCUGAGGGGAUGUACUUGAUUUCAUAACUGCCUGAAAUUAAAUUUCCCUAGAGCUUCAUGUGCAUUUAUGAAAUGGGGCUACAUGUAAAUGCCUUAAGUAGUCCCUACCUCUCUUCUUUAAUGUACCUCUCAUUUGAAACCGAAGCUGGGAUCUUCAUGACUAAGUUACAGAGAGGGCUCUGGGUAGAUGAAGUUCAAUCAGUGGGUUUCCCAAAAAGCACAAGAGUGUUUGACUCAUCAAGGUGCAGAGUGAGAAUGGGUAACUUUGGGGAAAACAGUACCCUCUAUUUGUCAUAUUCAAAGAGCCGCCAUUUUCCUCUGACACCACGCUCAGCGUGGGAAGCUCAGAUUUUGUCACACUGUUAUAUUUAACCUUUGAAAGAGGAAAUUGUACAAAUUUAUUUGAUACUUGUUUUUUUUAAAUUAUAGACAGAUUUGAAAAUCUAAAGGGGGUAAAUGGAAUUUACUAUUUUUAUUACUCAGUAGGUUCUGACAGUUUAAUCACAAAUGCUAAUGUGAGCAUUCGACCAGCUCCUUGCUAAUAGCCUCACUAGCUACCAAAAGCUUCUGUAAGCAAACUAUCAUCACCUACCGUAUCAUUUCAUCCAACACUAUCAAACAGAAAUGUUAGCAUGGAGGUGGUUAUCUUUACUUAAUGAUUAGCAAACCUAAAAACAGCAUUUUAGCUAGCCUGGGUGAAAACACAACUAAUAUGUGGAUAAGGUUGCCCAAAUAAUCAUUGUUUGUCAACAAAUGAGAGCAAUUUCACUGUGAAUUAACAGGAAAUUUGAUAUAAUUCAUUUUUUCACAAGUUACUGGAAAAUUAAUCAAGGAUAAGUUCUACAUUGUAGAGGUGAAGUGUUUGUGGGGCAAGACUAAUAUAAGUAUUUCAAUACUAUUUAACAUACCCUUUAAAUACGAGUCAACUGGGUUAGCCAAAGGCUGGAAGCAGCCAUUAUUCAGGGUCUGUUUAAAGUAACAAAAUGUGCCUUUGAUAGUAAACAAAGUAUACUGCAUGUAAGGUGAAUGUAAGGGGUCUGAAUACCAAAACUUGUGGAAAUUUAGCAUUUGAGGAUUUAUGUGAACAGGUAGAGGCUGGGACCGAUCUUCCGAUUGGCACAUUAACACUAAAUAAAGCAUGUUGCAUAUUGGGUAAACACAAGGGGUUCAAGUACCAAACCUUGUGGAACUCCAUGACCAGGUUUAGCAUUUAGGACUUCUCUAUAACAGGUACAUGCUGGGACUGGUCUGCCCAUCAGUGCAAUAAUAUUAGAUAAAGCACUGAAUAAAAAGGGAACAUUAGGGGUCCGAGUAUCGAACCUUGAUGAAAGCCAUGACCAAAUUUAGCAUUUGAGGUUUUUUCGUGAACAGGUACUAGCUGGGACUGAUCUGCCCAUCAGCACAUUUCAUUUUACUAUCACUAUUUCUAGAUUAAAGAUUGAAAUUGAACAGUAAAGUUAUGUGGGUGUUUGGAAUCUUAUUGUGUAGUUUUAGUAGACUUGCAUUUUUCCCAUUACGGCCGAUAUUUCUUUCUGUGUGUAGUUGAAGUGUUUUAUGUGCGACUCCCACUGUGUAGGAAAGAAGAUUUGACACAAGACACGUAAUCCUGCCAUACUACUGUAUUCCAUCUUUCAAAAAAGAAAGACAAGAUUUAAUAUUACUUAACAAUAUGUUAAAAGUAGCCAGUUUGGCUUCAGUGUUAAUACAAUAUACACUCUAUAACAGAUUGAUAGUGUGAGUAUUGUUCUUUUUCAAUUUCAUUCUGAAAGUAUUCUGAUACAAGCUGGCUACAGGUCAAAAAGAAAGAAAACAAAAACUGUAACUGGAACACUUUUACUCAACAGUUUGUUAAACAGUACUUAAAAACCAAAAAAAGAACAUUGUCAAGUAUUACGCUUUCCUCCUUUCUGUGAAAUAGCGUGGAGGAGGUGGUGGUGAUGGGGGGUUGGGGGCAGGGAGUGGAGACCAGCUGACCAAGCCCAUUCCCUUGUCAAUCAUGUGGAUGAGAUGCCGUGCGAGGAUCGGGAAACAAUGGGAUAUUAAGCCACAAUAUCUCAAAUACAGCUUUUAAUUCAUUACAGUUCUCUUUUUUUGUAGUUUCCUUAGUCUCUCUUUUUUUAGGAAACCAUCCAGACAGAGUAAGCAUCUUUUGACUACAGGUAAGCCAUUAUAGGAAAAUAAUUUCAGACCAUGGCUUUUCAGUCAAGAGAAAUGCCUAACUCAGACUAAAAGCACACAAGCAAGCAAGGAAAAUUAAUCAGAUGUGAAGUAGCAGUUUUGUGAUUCUUUUUGUGUCGUUUCAUUUCAUUUUUAAUUUUAAGUUCUGCAGGUGGAUCAGUCCAGAUGGGUCUGUGUUGGAACCACACAGCGACAAAAACGAAGCAAGGCAGCGAGGGUGUGAUUUGGGCACAGCAAGAGAAAAGUCUGGAAGGAGAACAGCUGGGUAAAGGGAUGAGGGGUGGAGGGUACAGGGGGCCGUGUGGGUCGGUAGAGCUGUUAAGGUACUGAUUGUGUCCUGACAGUCCUCAAUGUGCAGCAAAGGUAGCUUUCUUCAGACUAAAGUUUGACCAGUUGAUGGAGAGUCGUUGGCGAUUCUGUCGGGCAGAGUCCAAGCAAAACCUGCAUCAGAAAAAAAAAGAACUACUUACACGUACAACUCUGGGUUUCAUGUAGGACCAUGGACUGUGUAUAAUUACAGAUCGUGUACCUCUACUAUUGUACAAAAGGAGGCUGAAAUGUUGAGUUCUGGUUAUGUAAUUUGAAGCUAGGGCACGCAGAGACGCUAUCAGUCUGGUGGAGCGGUAGAACUCUUUAUCUAUAGAGGACAAUCACCUCCUAUCUCAUCUAAGACGUCUGUAUUCCCCUAAAACAUCAAGUGUUACGCAAUCUGAGCAAAACAAUAUACUCCGUUAACAGUAUAAAAUAAAUAUUUUCAUAUUUCAUUGAACUAUUAUAUUAUUAUACUGUGAAGGAUCUCUGAAACACAAAACUGUGGUCAACAUAUCACACUUAGACACCCUCGCCCUUGACGCUUCCAGGAAGAGUGACUAUAUACAGUACGUGAAAACAGGAUAUGGUCUGUUUGAAAAAAAAAAAAAGGUACUGUACCACACACACCUUUUGAAAUACUCCACUUCUCUCUCUGUUUCAUCCAUUUCAGUGCUGUCCAGAUCGAUGUCUUUGGGCAAGAAUACAUCAUCUACAACAAAAAAGAACAUUCAGUCAAGAUAGGGUAAAAUGUGAAAAAUUAAAAAUUGUAAUAUUAAUAUUUCUUAAUCACAAUACCCAGAGCUAGCAGGUUAAAUUAACAGUUAUUUGGUCAGGAUAUUUCUUAUCUCGUCCAGUGUGAGGCUUUGGAAAUCUAUGGAGGCAGAUUUCUUGUUCCCCCUCUAGCAUCUUGACAGCCUAGAGGGUUUUGGACACCAAAAAGGGCCAGAACAGCACUACAUGUGACUAAAUAAGCUGUAACAAAAAGCUCCAUGCAGCCCUGUAUGAUGUCAAUGGCAGCGGCAAACUGCAUGGAUAUAGCACAGAAAACCCAAGAGACUAGUUGGGUUUUAGAUAUCUAGCUGAACCCUGGUUGCUGCGCCUGUUUUGGACACAGUUCAAAUUUCUCUCACUUAGUAUGAUGUCUGCAGAGCCAAAUCAGCUUCUUCAGAAAUAACGUUAGUCAGGGGUGAUAUUAGGGCGAAUGUUCUGCUGUGAUGUUCGCAUGAAGGAGGGCUUUCACUAUCUAACUGUGAAUAAUACACUACAAACCUAUGGAGCUGUUCAUCUUGUCCCCUUUCUUCUUCUUGUUCUUCUUGUUCUUGCCUUUCGGCUGUGGGGACUCUGCACUGGGAGGUUUGCCAUUUUGCUGGUUCUGCUCAGACUGAAGGGCGGGAGGGGGAGACGGGGAAGGGUUCGACACUGGUGGACUUCUCCUGUCUUCUUUUAUUUGGGUCAGCGGCUGUUGUUGUUGCUGCUGCCUCUUUCCACUAGUGCUUCUGUUAUAACUCCUGUCUUCCCUCCUGGGUUCAGUAGUUGGGAGAGGAGUCAGCGCCUCAGCCUGUCUGACCCACAUUGCUUUGGUGUCUGUUGAGGCGGUGGGGGUGGUGCCGUUAGCUAGCUUUGCUGUCACAUCUGAACUUUUGGGUAACUCUGGGGCUUUCUUCAUAGUGGUCUCACAGGGGGCUACUUUAGAAUACGGCUUUGUCUUAAUUUUCCCGUUAACCUCGGGCUGUGGUGUAGAAGUGCCGUUGUGGAGGAUAGCUGGAGAGUUGGAGAUGUUGGUCUCAGAAGAAAACCCCUUGUCACUGGUGUGUUUGGGGCUGUGAAGUGAGUUAAGCCGGGGUAUGGGGUCAAAUCUUGUUUCCUUCUGAUCGGGUAGGCGGAUGAGGGUUUGAAGCAGCUGUGACUUUCCGUUCUGUAGGUUAUCUAGGACGUUCUGAGCUGUCUGUUUGAGGGGCUGUGGGUUGUUUUGAGGGGGAGCGGUGUUUUCCUUCGUUUUCUCUUUCUUUUUCUUCUUGGCAGCGCGAUGUUGCUGCAGCUCCUGCAGCCGCAGCAGUUCCUUUUGAAGCGCUGCCUCUUCCUCUUCCUGCCGCUGCCGCCGUUGCUGCUCUUCCAACAACUGCUGCUCUUCUCUUUCGCGGGCCUCUGCCUCCAGGCGUGCUUUUUCCUCCAUCUGAAGAAAUCGGAGACAUACACUUUCAGCAAUAUGACGGCUGUGACGCACAAAAACUAAAAUUGUAUCAUACAUAUCAUACAUAUCUACAUGGUUCCAACUGAGAGGCUUUAUGCGGCAACACUUUGAUAUUUUAACACAUUUCAGGGAGUUAACUUACCUUCUUCUGUUUAUGCCUGGCCCGUUUGGCAGCCUUAGAACUAGAGGCCGGUUUAUUGUCAGCACUGUUGAUGAACUGCAACAAGUCCUCUACCCGUCUAUGGUCCUCCACUCCUCCGUCUCGUUCUAUUAUGGGCUGCUGUUCCUCGCGUUUGGGCUGCUCCUCCUUACGUUUUGUCAGACGCAAGCGCAGCUUUUCUCGCAUCUCUGCAUAGUUUCGACUGGUAGGAGCAGCAGGAGGCUGGGAAUAAAAACAGAAAAUAUUGCAAACAGUCUAAAAGGAUUCUUCCCAAAAUGGGCAAAGCACUACUUUCAUUGUUUUCACAGCGGGGGAUAAAAUAAUCUAUUUAGAGGCAUGACAUUUCUACUUUAACUGGGUGUUAGGAGAACAUGCAGAAUUGUGCUCUGAAUGUGUGAUAAACAUGUAGAUCAGAUGUAGGGUGGGUGGUGUACCACUUUCAACACUGUCACCGGUGCCACACUCUAUCAUGACAUGAAUUUUUCCGCGCCAUCUACACUGCUUUAAAUAUGGGUUGUCUUUACUGUACACAAAGAAUACUCUCCAUUGACCAAAGUGCCUCGACUCCUCCUCAUGUCAGUGUUUGAAACAAAAGCCAACUGUGACACAGCAAUUGCACAAACUUGUUGUUUUCCCUCUGCUGGAAAAUAACUGUCGGGAUUUGCCUCUCCGCCCUAAUGUUUAUACCGGGCUGAAAGUGCUGCAGCUGCUGUUUGGUCGUCUUAUGAUUACAAGAAGUGUGGACUUGUGGGCACAGGGGGCAAACAUAAAUAUUCUGACUCCUGACAGUCACCACUUUAUGUAGCUCCACUAAAACUCAGUCAGUUCAAUAAUAGCCACAUGUUUUCCUCACAAAAAAAUAUCUUACAUUCAUAUCUCCUUUAGUUCUGUAAAACCAUAAUAUAAAACCAUUGGAGGAAAAAGGAAAAACACUGUCAUAUAUUUACGGUAAUAGCCCCCAAUUCGAGGUGAAAAAGCUUAUUUCAGUGAGUGAUGAGAUAAUCGUACCCCGCCAUGGCCAAAGAACUCGCAGUAGCAGCAGUCACAGUAUUUUCCUUCUUUCUGGUUGGUGGAUGUUGAGGUGGAGGAGCUGUGUUCAGAGCAGCUGUCGUCGUCAGGACUCUCCUCUCCAUCGUACGGUGGGUGCUCGUAUGUCCCGUUCCCCUCACAGCGAUGGCCUUCACAAUCAGGAUCACUAAAAAAGGAACGACACUUAAAACUGAUCCCUGAAAUGACUUCUGCCCCACAUCACAAACCACUUCCACAUUCACAUCUUUCUCACUGUCACAUUUCAUCGACAGGCAUCCUUGAUUGUGAUCCUGCGGGAUGCAGUGGUGGUCCUACCUGCACACACUGGGUGGGGCACUGACAGGACCAUCUACUGAGGAGGUUGGAGGCUCUGCGGGUGGGAGGCACAGGCCCUGGUGGGCCUCCAUGAAAUCCGGGGCUGGAGCGGCCAUCUUUGGAAAGGGUUGGGAUCCCAUUGUGGGGAGAUGUGUGGUGGGUGCUGGGGGUAAGGUGGGGCCUGAGAGUGGAGGAAGGGGAGUGAGUCCUGAAGGGCAGCUUCUAGGAGGGGCUGGAGCAGGUUGUCUAUGGUCCUCUUUACCUAGAUUGUGAAAUACAUCGUCUGGAAGAAACAAAGGUGUGUUCAAUGAGAAGAUUGUUUUUUCUUUUUCAAUAAAACUGUCAAACAUGAAACUAUUCAGAGAGAAUUACAGAAUAAUAACACUUUCAUUCAUUUAAGUCAAACAUGAUGCUUGUUGAUUAAAACUAAGUUAGGCUAAGCUGAACAUGGUGAAGAAAAGCCACUGUUAUUCUCUGAACUUUUUAAAUCUCCCUUUUCGAGGAAAAAUCAAAACCAUCAUCGAUGAUGUCAUUACAGGGCGUCAGACCACGGUCCUAAAUCUGGACUGGGCCAUAACUAAGUGAUAGAAACGUCCUCUGAACAGUACAAACCUAAGCACCGCUCCUACCUCCUAUAUUACCUAAAGAGUUGGGUCUUUUGGAUGCUAGGUGGAUGGGUGGGCUAUUACUUGACUGGACAGUGGUGGCAGUGCAGGACACGGAGGACGUGGAGGCGGAGGUGGCCAUCACCACUCGGUUGGUCUCCAUGAAGGCAUCCUGGAAAUUGUAGAGACACUUCUUCUUGGCGCCACUCUUCUUCUGCUCUUUAGCUUCCGAAGAGGAGCAUGAUGACGAGGAGGAUGACGAUGAAGACGAUGACAGCGAUGAGGGGGUGGAAGAGGAAGGGGGUAGCGGAGUGGGCAGAGAGCGGUGUUCCCCUUGGGGGCCGAUAGACGAUGUGGGAGGGAGGGGUACAUCAGCGAGCGGCGGGCCGAGCAUGUCACCUGUUGACAAGAACAGGAGGAGAUUUGUCAGGGCUUCACAUCUGACUUUUUCCUUUCUUUUUUUUUAAACCUGGAACAAAAAUGAAUCAGCCUUGUAGUUCUGCGACAAACAUUGUCUAACAGUAUUCCGCAACGUCUUCCCUGGAAGAGGCAAGUACAGGCUCUAAAACCUGAACAUGCCAUUAAGCAUUUAAAGUAGCAUACGUGUCAGCGACUCAUGCUAUAGGCACUCAUCCAACCCCUGUACUGUCACAGAUGCUGACUUUUAAUCUGUGCGCUGAUAACAAACUGGGUCGUCAGCCUCUUCUUUAAAGCAAGGGACAUAUAAUUCAUGAUUUCCAAAAAGAGGCCCUACAACCCAUAUCAUAGUCGUCCCCCCGUCUAUGGAACAGCUUACCUGAAGACCUGAGUACUGCACCUCAUCUUAACGACUUUAAAACCAAACUCAAAAUGCACCUUUUUAGUCUUUCUUUUCACUAAAUCUAAUAUCAUUGACUUUGUUUAAAUGUUUUAGCAUUUAUCUCUUCUAGUUUUAAUGACAGGAUCGUAUUUUAUUGAGCUAUAUUGGUGCUCUUAUUUUAGUAUCUUUUACUGUUUUUAUUUCAUUUUAUCCAUUAUAUCUUUGUCAUUCUAUGUUACUUUGUUUUUAGACCUUAACCUAAACCUCCAGUGUUUCCUUAUAUUGAGUUUUAAGAUGACGUUUCCUCAGUGCGCACAUUCCUGUCUCCACGAAAUCAAGCCCUUUUUUAAGUUAAUGCAUUUUAAUACCGUUUCUGUUGCCUUUGGAUCGUGGGGUGGGAAUGAGGGGUUGGAUUGGGGUAGAUGUGGGUAUUCUUUAUUUUAUUUAUUCCUUUUUCUGUGUGAAGUACUUUGUGCUACAUGGUUGUGUAUGAAAAGUGCUAUAUGAAUAAAGACUGAUUGAUUGAUUGAUUGAUUGAUUGAAGAGUGUCAAUGCUUGAUUUGUCAGACGACAGGAUGGGCUUUGAUGGGUUGAACUGGCAGGUGUUUCUAGAUUUUGUUCAUCUAUGGUUUCCUCUUUGCACAGUUUAACCUUCAUUGAGGAUGUGUGUCGUGAUUUCCCCAACAGAGUCAUGUCUGUCAUGCACUGUCGACGAUGAUUUGGGUUGUGGGGCCUCUUUUUUUGUUACUUCUCUGUUCAUGGACCAGUUGAAAUGAAAAAAUAACCAGAAGGCAAGUUUCCUGCAGUCUCUGAAUGAGACAACUCAAACAUUGUGUUCGUAGCUGCGACUCACAAAUGAUCAAAUGUGGAGUGAGGCAGAUGUGAAUCAGAAUGUGAUCUAACACACACACAGAGUCUGAGGUCACAGUCUUGACAGCCAAAUGAACUUUUUUUCCUUGUAGGUUUUUUUGGGUUGAUGUAUUUCAUUUUCACUUGGCUAUUUAUAGAUGCUUUGUAAUCUCAAAUCCUUAUUUUCUUGAUCUAAUUUGACAACUUUUUUUCGCAGGCUCACCUGGCAGGGAUUCAGGCAACAGCACUGAUGGAUUCCAGCUCUUCAUCACAGCAGCAUCCCACAGGUUCUCAAACUUGAGCGAGAGGCACUGCAAUGAGCUGUUCCAGUCCCCUGCUCCACCGGCACUGCUAAAACAGUUCUGGUAAACGUGCUCGGGUAAAGAAGGGCUGAAGGCCGGCUGUUUGGCGGCUGAGUGGUUCGAUGUUGGGUUUGGGGGCAGAGGCUUUGAAAAAAAGACAGAUAAAGAUGAUGACACAUUAGUCUGAGGUUUUAAGAUUUUACGCAAUUCAUUUUUUGACUUAAGGCUGCCCCCCUGUGGCAGAUUAUGAAACCGUAACUAAGUGAAACUGAUUCAACAAAACCCAGUAUUGUUCCUGGAAUCUUGCAAAAUCCCCAGUAAUGAGGAAAUAAAUCAGUUUCCCUCUGAGACGCUCUCAUUUCCUACUGUCUACAGAAAGUAGGCAGGAAGAGAUUCAUCCUUACCUUGUUGUGUGUGAGAGGAGGACUGGGGGGGUAGAGUGUGGGGUGAAGAAGGGGUCGGGAGAAGUUGUGUAGGGGCAGGUGGCCGUGGAUGUGUGGGUAAAGGUGGAGGGCGGGGUGGGUGGGGGGAGUCUUGCUGUCUGUGAAGAACUGGUGCCCGACAGUGGGAGGAGGUGCAGCGUGGAGAGGACUGGGGGGUAGACAUGUGGCAGAGCCCAGGGUGGAGGAGCCGGGGUCCUGGUUGCACACGUGGCACUCGCAGGCAUGCUGGAGCUGUUCGACCUGAGAGCGGUAACACAGAGUCAGAAUAUGCUGAAUGGAAGUUCUUUGGGUCUAACUGCACAGUGCGAUCAGUUUGAACUUUUUACCGCUUUGAUGACAAAAGGAAUAUCUUUAUCUUCGUCUUGGUGAUUCAAGAUUUAAAUCUCAACAAUUGCAAACAAUUACUGAUCAUUACAGUUAGAGUAGAAGACCGUGUAUAGAAAUUGUGAUAUCCGGUGAAUUCUGGCAGUCAAAUUCUUGAUUUGUCUUCAUUUUUCACCAUCAAAAACAUCUGACAUUAACGGCCCUUUUUUGCUCACAACAAUAACAACACCCCUGUCUUCUUCUAUUUCUUCAAACCAGUGCAUUUACUGCAGUUACUCACUCAAUACAAAAUCAUGCAUGUUACUAGUUUGUCUGUUUUGUGCUGCUGUGCAAAGUAAUCACCUCUGUGGAUCAGGUACCAUGUAGAUACAAUUCUUAGUCAACAAAUACAUUUUUUUUUAAUUCAGGGGAUUUUACAUGAACUUUAACAUGAAUGUGAAUAUUUUUUGACUAUUUUCUAUCUCUACUAAUACUGUUUUGCUAACACUGUACCUUCAAAUCAAUAUAUUUCAAUAGAACAUUUUAGAAAGAGUACCUGGAUACAUUUUUUGAUACCUUACUAGAUCAAUAUAAAUAGAUGCAGAACAGAGGGAAAUCAAGCUGUAACUUCUAGUAUUAAAAAAAAGGUGUUGAUGUGCAAAAAAAUAAUAAUAAUAAAAAAUAAAAAAAAACAUGAGGAUGGGAAUUACAAAAAAAUAUAUUAUCUGUGCGAUUACAUGCAUGCUAGAAGUUCUGCAUUAAUCAGCAUAACUAGCUGUAACUGUUCAAGCGAAGGCAUAAGUGCCACCUCAGCACCACCUCUUUGUUGGUUUCUACCCUCAUUUAAAUUUCACGAGUCAGCAUUUCUAAUAUGUUGCCUGACAUCAAUUCAUCUCUGAACUACUCCUCUGAAACCGAUGAGUGACGUCACUAAUACUACACUCAUGUCUGAUUUAUAUCACAUUGAAAUAUGGCUACAUGAAUACAUGGGAUUCAUUCACAGGAUUUCUGAGUAUUUCCACCAAAAACGCUCAUUGGGACUGUCUCAGCACCUGUUGGUGGCUGUACGAUGGUGGAGGACUGUUGUUAUUUGCUGAGGAGAGCUCCUCCUGCUGCCCUUGAGGCUCCUGACCAACCUCCCCGUCAGCCUCCUCCUCGUCACCCUCCGAUGAGCUGCUGCUGCUACUGAUGUGAGGCGACUGCAACAGAGAUGACUCCGUUAAGUAAGAACUUUUCCCGUAUUACCGUUAACUCACUCAUAAUGAACAGUAGUUUCAUUGUUAGGAAACUCGGCAGGGAAAAUUCACAACUGUUCUCGGUCUUUUUAUAACUCACCCCUGCCUUCAGUGCCACAUUUUCAGCUUCCCCGUUGAUGUCAUUAUGAAGGCCGUUCACAGCAGCCGUCACGACACUGUUGUCCUCAUAGCCACUCAUAGGGUAGAUGUCCCCAAACUUACUGGACAAUGGAGGCACUUCGUCAUCAUCGCUAAUACUGGAAGAGGGCAGAAAUGUGUAAUCAAGUUAAGGAGGAAGUGAAAGAAGGGAAAUUAUUGUCUACAAAAGAGGUGUGCAAAUAUAUUUGUUAUAAAGGGAAACAAAUAGUUUCAUUACGAGGCAUAAUCACAUUUGUGUUGAGAGUACUGAAAACUUUUUGACAGCCCUACUUGGAAAAUCUGAGGAGCACGUGAAAGCAGGGUUAAUUUGGACCUUACUCUGGUUGAAACCCACUCAAAAGCCUCACGACUCUCAGGGGAAAGUUCCUGUGAAAAAACCAAACC